AAAAACAGACAUAAAAUCUAAUUUCAAAAACCCUAAAGAAAAAGUUUCUCAGUUCCAAAUUUCUUAAUGGAUGUUCGAAAGUCACCUCGGUUACAAAAGAAUCCAUCUGCUGCUGCUUCAUCUUCUUCCACUGGCCGAGAAGAAGAAAGAGAGGUCCAAGAAGAAGAAACCACUGAUCACAGCAAACAGAUCAACAAACUCAUAUCCACUUAUUUUACUCCUCCGAAACUCAAACCCAUUCCAAAACGUCCUGUCGCCAAAUUCAAACCCAAUUCUUCUACUACUACUACUGCUGACAAAUCACAGGUGGUUGAAGCUGAGAAACCAGAGAAGAAGAAGAAUGAUGCUGGAGCAGUGAAUGAGAAGAAUCCUCGUCGAGUUUGGACGUAUGCCGAUGAGAUUCUUCUUCUCAAAGCCAUGGCAGAUUAUGUUAAAAAAGGUGAAAACCCUAAUUCUCUGGCCUUUUAUGAAUUUAUCCAGACUAAGAUUAGUGUGGAUGUUAAUUUUGAACAAAUCAGAAAUAAAAUUAAGAAAGCUAGACAGAGAUAUGAAGCAAAAGAAGAGGAAGAGAAGAAAGGGAAAGUGUUGAAGUUUACAACACCUCAUCUCCAGGAAUGUCAUGAAUUGUCAAAGCCCAUAUGGGGGAGUGGUGGUGAACUAGAAGAUGGUGGCGAUGGUGUUGAAGGCAGUGAAACAGUUGGGGUGGAGAAUGAAGAUUAUCUGGAAAUUCGAAAGUUUAAGAGAGAUAAGAAGAAAAAAGCAGUUGAGUCUAAGAAACCUGGAAAUGAACAUAGGAAAGAUGGUGCUGCAGAGGAACCAGAAGAAGAAGAUGUUCAGUUCCAUGCUGUUGCUGACAAGGAAAAAGAAGAUGAAGCAGAAAAUGUUCAGGUCCAUGCUGUUCCUGAGAAGGAAAAAGGAGUUGAAGCAGAAAAUGUACAUGUCAAUGCUGUUGCUGAGAAGGAAAAGGGAGUUGAAGCAGAAAAUGUACAUGUCAAUGCUGUUGCUGAGAAGGAAAAAGGAGUUGAAGCAGAAAAUGUACAUGUCAAUUCUGUUGCUGAGAAGCAAAAACAAAUCGAAGGUGGUGAAACCGAAGAGAAAAACAAGAAGAAGAAGAGAAAAACUGAAGAAAAUGUUCAGGUCCAUGCUGAUGCUGAGAAGCAAAAAGAAGUUGUUGAAGCUGGUGAAAUCAAAGAGAAAAGCAAGAAGAAGAAGAGAAAAGCUGAAGAAAACGCUCAGGUCCAUGCUGUUGUUGAGAAGCAAAAAGAAGCUGAAGCAGAAAAUGUUCAUGUCAAUGCUGAUGCUGAGAAGGAAAAAGAAGUUGAAGCAGAAAAUGUUCAGGUCAAUGCUGAUGCUGAGAAGCAAAAAGAAGUUGAAGCAGAAAAUGUUCAUGUCAAUGCUGAUGCGGAGAAGGAAAAAGAAGUUGAAGCAGAAAAUGUACAUGUCAAUGCUGAUGCUGAGAAGCAAAAACAAGGCGAAGGUGGUGAAACCAAAGAGAAAAACAAGAAGAAGAAAAAGAAGAAGAAAGCUGAAGAAGAUGUUCAGGUCCAUGCUGAUGCUGAGAAGCAAAAAGAAGUUGAAGCUGGUGAAAUCAAAGAGAAAAACAAGAAGAAGAGGAGAAAAGCUGAAGAAAAUGUUCAGGUCCAUGAUGUUGCUGAGAAGGAAAAAGAAGUUGAAGCAGAAAAUGUACAUGUCGAUGCUGUUGCUGAGAAGCAAAAAGAAGUUGAAGCAGAAAAUGUUCAUGUCAAUGCUGAUGCGGAGAAGGAAAAAGAAGUUGAAGCAGAAAAUGUUCAUGUCAAUACUGAUGCUGAGAAGAAAAAAGAAGCUGAUUCUGAGAAAGAAAAAGAAGUUGAAGCAGAAAAUGUACAUGUCAAUGCUGUUGCUGAGAAGCAAAAAGAAGUUGUUGAAGCUGGUGAAACCAUAGAGAAAAAUAAGAAGAAGAAGAAGAAGAAGAAGAAGAGAAAAACUGAAGAAAAUGUUCAGGUCCAUGCUGAUUGUGAGAAGCAAAAAGAAGUUGAAGCUGGUGAAAUCAAAGAGAAAAACAAGAAGAAGAAGAGAAAAGCUGAAGAAAAUGUUCAGGUCCAUGAUGUUGCUGAGAAGGAAAAGGAAGUUGAAGCAGAAAAUGUACAUGUCCGUGCUGAUGCUGAAAAGCAAAAAGAAGUUGAAGGUGGUGAAACCAAAGAGAGAAACAAGAAGAAGAAGAGACAAACUGGUGCUGGUGAUGCUGAGUGUGUAUCGGAAAAUCUGAUUAUUGAACAAUUGGCUAAGGCACCUUGGGGUUUAGAAGGGUUUCUAAAUGAGGAAACUAAGAAAGCUAUUCAAUCAAUUGAUCCAUCGAAAGUGGUGGCGUUGGAAGAAAAAUGGAAGCAGUUGCAAGUUCAAGAGAUGCAGGUGCUCUUGAAAAGGGCUAUUUUGGUUCAUGAGUUUGCAUCGAUGAUAUCGGGGGCAUCAGUGAGGUCACCAACUUCCUAAGUUUUUUUUUUUCUCUGACUUACUUGACUACAAGCUGGUUUUUUGUCUUCUCAAUAGCACAAGUGGGGGGGUCAGUGGUGAAAUUUUUUGGCUAGACAGAAGAUUUGCAGGAUUUUAGUUAAUGUUGCCAUAGGAUUUUAGUUAGUGUUUUUUUCUGAUCAAAUUUUAGUUAGUGUUUUUAAUUUUCUGCCGCUUAAAUGUCUGUGCAUGUUAAUGCUUAACUGGCUAUAUUGACUUACUAGAUUGUAAGCUGUUUUUUGACUUCCUAGUAGUGGAAGUGGGUGGUACAGUGUUGGGAUGUUUAAAAGAU